GAGGCAAAGGCAGUUGACGUUGAACGUUUACAGUUAAUUAGAGUCGCAGCCAUCGAGCCAAGAUGCAUCCACAACAAGAAGCACACCUAAUACUGUUGCGCCUGGUAAUCCUGAGCUGCUGUUGUGCUCCGGCGCUCACCUAUCUGCCGGAUGUGAAUAUAUUCACAAACUACCGCACGGAGGUGUACAAUGGCAUUCCGUCGGACAUUGAUACGACACCGUUUAUACGGAUUGGCGACAACUAUUACUACAUUGAGCCGAUGAACAAGGUGAACUGGUUCCAGGCAGCGGCUGCCUGCCGCAUGAUGAACGCUCACUUGGCCUCCAUUGAGGAUAAGCCGGAACUGGAGGCGCUGGUCAAGUAUAUUAAGGCCAAGGGCUUCAAGAAUAACGAUUACUUUUGGAUAUCCGGCAAUGAUCUGGGCACCGAGGGCGCCUUCUACUGGCUAUCAACUGGCCGCCCCAUGACCUUUGCACCCUGGAACGGACCCAAACAGAUGCCCGACAAUUACGGCGGCAACGAGAAUUGCGUCCACAUGUUCGGCACCCGGGAGCUGAUCAACGAUGCCAACUGCAAAAUAUUGAUGCUGUACGUGUGCGAGGCCAGCGAUCCGAAGACCUUUAAGUUUACCUACAUCAAGUGGUAAACGGGACAAUACCUAUAAUUAUAUAUACAUACAUAUAUUUUGCAUUGUUUGUUUUUUUUUUUUUUGUUUUUUUGUUGUUUGUUUUUGCGUGCACGCAACACGGCAUUUAUUAGGUUGCCGCGGCAACGGCUUCCACUUCAUCAUAAUAUUAUGAUCGUUGUUCGACUUACGCAUAAAUUAGCUAAGUAUACAUUACACAUCAGUUGAUUUACUUGUAUGCAUAUAA